AUGCCAGCAGAUGAGGUACAAGAAACUCAACAGGAAGAAGUUCAGAUACAACCAGACAUGGAAGAAAUAGUUCAGCAACAACAGCUAGAAGAGCCUGAAGGAAACGAACAAGUCCCUCCUUUGGAAACUACAGAAAUAAAUGACGCAAGACUGAAACAUUGGGUAAACGCUUUCCCAUUCACAAAAGAUAUUAUUGGUAACAUGGAAAGAAAACCAGAAUGGCUACAAAAACAUAUAUUUGGAAACGAGCUUAUUCCAUAUGGACAAGCUCUGUUUGAAGAGCUUGAACCGGAAACUCAGGAAAGAGUCAUGCAAACAAUACGCGAAGACUCAAAUACAAACUAUGACAAAAUCUUUCUAGGAUAUAGGUUACCUGAGAUGGGCGACCAGAGCCAAAGGCAAAAAAGGACAUGGGAAAUUUACAACAUACUAGGUGAACAUGAGGCAAAGAUGCAACAACUUGAAGCAGAGGGCAAGUUACAAAAGCGACACCAAAGAAGAAGAGAAAGAGUAAACAAAGUGAAAGUAGUGAAGAAGUAA